AUGACUCCUCAUCUUAUCUUCGGAACUGCUUCAUUCGGCAUGGACCUGACCGACUUUCAGGAUCCUGAAUCGGUCAAGAAUCUCCUCCAGACGCUUCAAGAACUAGGUAUCCGCCGUCUGGAUUCGGGCGCUCGCUACCCGCCACUCAACCCGGGCCGGGCGGAGCAGCUCAUCGGCGAGACAAAAGAGCUGAGUGGGAGCUUCGUUGUCGACACCAAGAUCUACACCAACACGCAGAACGAUGGCAGUGGCGACCUGCGCCCUGAAGCUAUUGACAAGUCCGUCAAUGCCAGCUUGCAGCGCCUGAAGAGGCCUGAGGGAAAAUGCUUGAAAAGAUGCUUCAUCUGUGCGAGCAACACGGCUGGCAGAAACCAAGCUGCUAUCAGGGAGACUACAAUCUGGUCACACGCGGCAUGGAGACAAAACUCCUGCCCAUUUUACGCGCUCACGGCAUGUCGUUCAACGCCUUCAGGCUUCCUGACAGGCAAGCUAGUCAAUAACCAGCACGCAAACACUCGCUUCGGAGAUGACCACCCGCUCGGCAAGGCCGCGCAGAAACUGUUCGGGGCGGAAGACCUGCACAGUGCGAUGAAAAAAUUCGAUGCGGAUGUCAAGGCAACCGGUUUGACGCCGAUGGAGGUCGCAAUUCGCUGGAUCGCGCACCACUCAGCGCUGAAGGACGAAGAUGGCAUCGUCAUCGGUGCCAGCAAGGCCGAGCAGAUACGUGAGACGGUCACCAUGAUCAGGAAAGGGCCGUUGCCCGCAGAAGUGCUGGAGAUGACGGAGGAACUGUGGAAUGCCGUCAAGAAAACUCGAGGUGGGAUCAUUUGA